GUUAAAGUACAUCAUCUCCCCAGGGAUCUGCUCAUGAAUGGAACGAUCCGUAUUCAGCGCCCCUGAGAGUUCAGAGAUAUGAACCGGUAUCAGAUGUCAACCCCCCCCCUCCCCAGCCCGGAAUGGUAGUGUCGGACUCGCGAAUGGUCACGCGUGGGGAGACUCUGAAGCUAGACAGUACCAUGGAAGAGGGAGGAAUUAGUUUAUAUUUUGCACUGGAAACAUGGCAGCCUUAAAUAAUACUUCACCGAUGAACCCAUUCCAAGAAUUUAUGGGGGUAUUGCCCCUGCAACAAGCAAAGGAGACUGAGAAGUUGGAGAUGCAGCAGAGCCUAAAUGAGAAACCUUCAUUGUGCCCAAUUGGCAGUAUGCAGAAAGUGAACCAGAAAAUUGCACAUUUGCGACUGGAGCUGGAAAAAUUCCACACUGGUGACCUGGUGAUUGAGGAUUUGGAAUCAUUAAAGAGAUACUCUGGACAGAAGAGCUUCAGAAGAGAGAAAAAACACUUCAAGACAUCCAGGGACAGAGACAGAGAUAGGAAGGAGAUAUGCCACUUUGCCCAGAAGUAUGAGCACUCUAUGCGUGUGUCAGACUUUGACCCACUAUCUCAGACCAAGCUCACCUACAAGAAGCCUCAGAAUACAUCAGAAAAGAACAAGCUGGUGGAACUGUAUCAAUACCCAGGAUACAACGAGCAUGAGCCAACACCACUGCCUAAUGGGACGGAGCUGGCUGAAGUCAUAGAGAAGGUGGUGUGUGCCCAGAGAAAGUCAGCAAGUGGGAAGACUCCUUUUCCUUCAAAGAUGCUGCAGAAGUUUCUCACAGCUCCAAUCUCCCAUGCUAUCCUGUUGGACAGCUUCUGGUGGUUUUUUCUCCACUUAUAUCAGCCAAAUAGAGAGAUUCAGGGACGGCUGUUUGAUCGCAUUGCAAAGAAUUAUGCCGCCCUCCUGUUUGACUGUCACAAGUUCCGCUACCAGAAUGCUCUCAUUAAAGUUUUCCCUUCAUUGCUGAGCCAAACCUUGUACACGUGCUUCUGCUCCAGCUUUCCAAGAUCCUGGUUCAAUACACAUGAGUUCAAGUCCCAGCUCUGCAAUGUGUUGUCAGAGUGGAUGGCAGGGACGCUGCCUGUCCCAGGGAGCUACAGUAAUUGGGACUACUCCCAUCUGGAACCAGAGAGAUUUAGGAGGGAAGACUUGCUGUCAACAAAGGGAAAGCAGAGGACAGAAUCCUCUGUCCCCUUUGCUUCCUCAAAGGCUUCUGACAACCCAGAAAAGACUCCUCAACCAUCCAUUCAACCAUACAAGAAAUCCAUGUCUUUGGGCCAAACUGUUAACAAGUACCAACCUGAUCAAACAAGCGUGGACCUCGACACCAAGGAAGUUGUACAUGCAUCUAUGUCCCUGAAAGGCAUCAAUCCUCAUACCAUGCCACAUGAUCUGCAGCCUGAAAAGGAUGACCUGAAAAGUGCUUGGAAGCAGCCCCAACACACAUUUGAAACAAGGCGGCUAAAGAUCGCCCCCCUUCAUAGAGAGUCACACCCAGCUUGUCAGGGCCCUGACUUCACUUGGCAUCUCUUUAACAUCAAUGGACACAGCCCACUAAUUCAGCACUUCCUCCAGAGCUAUAAUGUUGAACCACAGUCUGGACAAGACAUCUUGAUUCACAGGAGGGAGAUCUGCAAGCCUAUACCGGAGUCCACCCCAACCUAUGCAGAUGUGAUCCGACAAGGUAUUAAUCAUAUUCACCAUCUGGACAAUGCCUUCAAAACAGUGCACCAGAGACACUGCAGAGAAAUGAAGGAUUUUGACCAGCACCAGUGGAAGGAGAAGCAAGAAUUCCUCAGAAAAGAGAAGCAAUUGCUGUCAGAGAAAAGAGAGAUGAAGAAGCUGAACCAAUUGUUGACCCCUCGCCUGGAUGUACUCUUCAGUUCUGACAAGACUUCAAGUCUGUCACAGAAGUGUCUUCAUCCAGAAACAGCCAUAAGUCAAACAGCACCCUGAGCAACCCAGAAUUCAUGAUUCCCCCCAACAUAAAUUGACAUAAAUGUCCAUUCAGACCUUCAUAUGCAUCUUAACGGUAUAUUUUGGUCAGCCUAUCCCAAAGCUUUCUCCACCAAUUAGGAACAGACAAACCUGAAAAAAUGUGAAGAUUCAGUUCACAGAAGUACUCUGAGUUUAAAAGUUUGACUGAUUUCUCACCUCAUUGAUCUGUAAAACUGGGCUGGAAAAAUCUCACAAGUAAUAUAUGAGAAUGAAAAGUCA